AUAGGGGUCUCCCCUGCAGCUCCCGCCUGUCCUGCCCGCCUCCCUCUCUCCGCCCACACUGCUGGGGCCAGGCCUGGGACGCUUGCUCAGCUCCCGGAGGAUGGCCGCUCUGCGUGCACUGUGGGUGGGGCUGGUCCUGCUGGGGGUCCUGGGGGUCCCGCAGACCCGGGCCGAGGCCCAGGUAUCCCUGCAGCCCAACUUCCAACAGGACAAGUUCCUGGGUCGCUGGUUCACCGCGGGCCUCGCCUCCAACUCGAGCUGGUUCCGAGAGAAAAAGGCAGCCCUGUCCAUGUGCACGUCGCUGGUGGCGCCGACCGCGGACGGCGGACUCAACCUCACCGUCACCUUCCUGAGGAAGGACCAGUGUGAGACGCGGACUCUGCUGCUGUGGCCCUCGGGCCUCCCGGGCUGCUACAGCUACACCAGCCAGCACUGGGGCAGCGUGAACGACGUGCGGGUGGUGGAGACAGACUACGGGGAGUACGCCCUGCUGCACACCGCCGGCACCAAGGGCCCCGGCCAGGACUUCCACAUGGCCACCCUCUACAGCCGCACCCAGACCCCCCGGGCGGAAGUGAAGGACAAGUUCACAGCCUUCGCCAAGGCCCAGGGCUUCCCGGACGACACCAUCGUCUUCCUGCCCCAGACCGAUAAGUGCGUGGAAGGACACCAGUAGACACAGCCUGAAGAAUUUGAGGACUAAAUGCUGCAAGAUCUCGUGAAAAGUAACAACGGAAGCCACAACCAGGACGGCAGCGGGGACGGCCGGCAGGGGGAGCUCUCGCCCCACCACGCGUCAGUCCCCCCAAACAGGGAGCGCCGCCUGCGUCUCUAACAGGUGUUUUCUCUAAGUUACUACCCCAGCAGGUGGAAGGUUUUCCCCUCGCCUGGCAACGGCUCAGCCAAUAAGAGACCGUCACAACGCAGCCAAUGAAAAGCCGCUCUUUCGGACGCCCAGCCUCCUCCAAAGGGCGCUGCGUGCGGCUGCCCCGCCCCGCUCCCCCUUUCCGCCGCCAGUGAAGGUCCCCUCCUCUGUUCCCCGGACUCGCGGGUGGUUCUGCCAUAUCUUGUGUGUCUCAAAGUACAAUUCUUUAUUGCUUCCAAAUAAACCCAUUUCUGCUGCUAAA